AUGUUCUCCAGCCAGGGCAUCCUUCCUGAAUCGCCUCGACGGGAAACUGCGAGGCCGGGGCGUUGCGGUUUGUGCCGUAGGCUGCUCCGUGCCUGCCGGCCCUCUUCCUCUUCGGCUGCGUGUUGCUUGCUUUUAAAACCUAAAGGAGGAAGUAAAAAAGCCCUAGAAGAGGCAGCAACGGCAGAUGUGGAAAUAUCAGAAAUAAACAAAAUAACAGCAAAAGUCAUCCAGACGCCUUUCAAAACGAUCAAGAAAGCUGGAAAAUCCAAAAAAGACAUUGGAGCUUUUGAAGAAACCGAGUUCUGUUUGCUCCCUGCUUCAAAGAAAAGCAGGCAGGAGAGCCAAGCCCUUGAAGAGCCAAAGUCUGAAAAUACCCAGCCAAGGACUGAAAAGGCAAAGGCAGCAGCCAAAAGGCCUCCAUCUAGGAGCAGAAGGUGUCCUUCAGCGAAAGUAAAAGCUGCUAAUAAACGGACAAGCAAAAGUAAUUAUUCCACUCCAGCUGUUGGCCGAGCAUUGGAUGCCUGCACGCAGGGCAGUACCUCUGCGGUCCUUUCCAGGUUUGAUUCCAGAAUUUUCAAGACGCCAGGCCUGCGCACCCCCGCAGUAAACGAACCGGUUUUCAUCGUCUCCAAAAACGGCAGCCCUCUUGCCAACGCCAACGAUGUCAUCAUAACAGUCCCCCUCAGAGGAGGAGAGGCUCUCCGUUUUACAGCCAGUGAGCUGACCAAAAGGAAUCUUCAUCAACUGAAUCCGGAGGCACUGGGAGUUAUGAAGAACUUAUCGGUUCGCCUUGCACAAGUAUGUGGCAGUACAAAGAUCUAAAGAUUUUGACUUUGGAUUUUUCAUCUCUCGCGUAAAUCAGAGAUGACAAAUCGAGGACUACAGAUUCUAUAUAUUGAUUUUUCCCCUUCCACCUGCUUACGCAGGUAGAAAACCUGUUUUUAACUUCUGCUGUCA